AUGCACCGUCUCGCGAGGCAAGUCACCUCCUCGCGCCUCCCGUCACGCGCCGCCCGCGUCCCCCACCUCAGAAAACUCCUCCCAUGCCGCGUAUCCCGCCCCCACGGCCACGCCAUCCACCGCUACUACUCCUCCUCGUCCCCGGGCUCGUCCUCUGCACACGAUGAGUUCCACCGCCUGCUAGCGUCGAUACGGCCGGGUGUCCCCGAGGAGGAGCUCGCGCACUCGAUCGUGGCGUUGCUGGAGAAGACGAAGGAUCAGGCGCGGUUGCAGCGUUUGGAGGCUUUGGUGUCGAUAUAUUCGACAGGGCUUGACCCCCAAGUGCUCUCGCAGAGCACAGCGAAGUACAUGUUAGAGCCGCCAUCUCAAUCCGGACCAUCUACCACGAAGGUUGAUGAGAUACUCGGUGAAAUCGACUCAUUAACUACACAACCCGACGGGGCAAAAACGGAGCUCAUAGUCAACUUGCUGGACGAAGCGGAGCGAGAGGUCGCCACCCGCCCGAAACUGACCGAAGACAUACUCGCCCGCGCAAUCGUUUCGUUCGUCAAACACACAUCGCUGAUGUCGGGGUACGGGAAGGAACAGGAAAAACAGCAGUGGGAGACGGAGCGCGUGCAGAGUUUGGUGAACCUCUUCGCCAAGGCUGCUGAAAACGCCGAGUUGGCUGGUGAGGGUCUCGCCACCCCACCGCUCUUCUCCAGCAAACCCGCGACUUCUGACGGCCCAAUCCCCGUACCCGCGCUCGACGACCCCUUGUACGCGUCGGCAAUCCAGGAAAAGAUAGACAAGAAGCUCGACGCGUGGUUCGAGGACCCCAGCACGAGCAAUCAGCGUAUAAAGGACAUCAUCUCCGAGUUUACAAACAGCGAGGGGGAGCUUGACGCCGAGGUUGCUGAUGCGCUGAAGGCAUUCGGGUUCCGGAGACCUGUUUCGAAAGUCCUGAAAGCGGCGCCCAAAGCGUCGAGUGCCAAGUCCGACGCGUCUGAAGCUACUUUCUCUUUCGAGCAGGCUAUGGCAGAAACCACCCGUGAAUCCAAAGAGGCAGAUGACCUGGACACUGGUGCACUCACGUCGGGCAAAGACAAAGACCAACCCAAAACAUUCGAAACCUUCCCCAACCUCAUGACCCCCGAUCCACUAAUGGACUCGCGCGACGUACGGGAGUUCCCCGCGGACCACGAGUCCCCCUACAACAACCGCGUCGUCGUGCGCAACCACGCCUCGAUAUUCCACGAGCAGAUGGCGUCGGACGGGCUCGACCUGGAGAACGAGGACCUGGAGUGGAAGCCCGAGGAGACGGACGAGACGGAGGAGGAGCAGUCGUCGAACUUGAAUCUGCCGCUGGGACCGAAAGGGCUGAACGAGCUGUACCGCUUCCCGAUCUUCUCGCGGCGCGUGACGCAGCAGACGGGCAAGGGGAAGAUCCAUAGGAUAUACUCGAUGGUGAUCGUCGGGAACGGCGACGGGCUCGUGGGCUACGGUGAGGGGAAGGACGAGGACUCGAGCCGCGCUGAGGCCAAGGCGUUCUCUGAGGCCGUCAGGAAUAUGGACUGGGUCGAGCGGUUUGAGAAGCGCACCGUGUGGACGGAGAUGGAGACGAAGCUCGGUGCGACACGGGUAAUUCUGCGGCCAAGGCCCGUCGGGUUCGGGCUGAGGUGCAAUCCGAAUCUGCACCAGGUGCUGAAGGCGGCGGGGAUCAAGGAUGUGAGCGCGAAGGUGUGGGGGAGCAGGAAUCCGGUGAAUGUGAUCAAGGCGGCGUUUAGGAUGCUGCAGGCGGGGAAUGCGCCGUUGGCUAUGGGCGAUGGGGUUGGAGGGAAGGGGCGGAAGCUGAAUAAGGGAAGCGGGGCGAGGAGCAAGGACGAGGUGGAGAGGGAGAGAGGGAGACGUUUGGUUAGUUUGAGGAAGUAA